AUGAGAGAAGAUCAAACAUUUAAGCCACUUAAACCUGGAACUAUUCAUGAUUUACCACAAUGUGAACUAAACUAUGUAUAUGUUACACAGCAAAUUCUCCCAAGAUUAAAAAAAGGAAAUGAAGAUCCUCCAGAAGAUAUAUUUGACGUAAUAGAGCGUGGGCCUUUUGUUAUAACAGGCUUUAUUCAUAUGAAUGAAGAAACGCAGAUACGUUUUGCACACACUUCACGAAAAACAGUUUUCAUUAAACUUAGAAAUGUCUAUCUUUACAAGAUUGAACAACUUCCUAGCAAUUCAUUAUUGAUAUGGGUUGUUGGACAACGUGCACUAUAUGCCAUUCGAAAUGUUAGCGAUGAAUACAAAGAAACAUUUGAUAUAGUUAUAGAAAAAGCAAAUCUUUAUUUAUAUUUAAGAUCUAUUCGAAAAAGUGAAACAGAAGAUUGCAUAUUUACAUUUCCUGAAUAUUUAGAACAAAUUUCACAUGUGUUAGGUGAAAAAGAGUUAGUGGUUAAAAAUAAAAUGAUUAAAUAUUCUAAAUUUUUAUUUUUUAUGAUGUUGGAUGAUGUUUUAUUAAACUGGCAAACGUCACUCUUUUUUAAAGAUCUUAAGCAAUUAUGUAAUGAUUCAUUUAAGAUUGCAGAGUUAAAUAAAAAAAAAGUAGAAAUUCUACGUAAUGAAGCUGUUAAUACAUUAAAACUCACUAAUAGCUUUACGGAUGAAAGUAUAAUAAAUAAUAAGCAGAAAUUAGACGAUUCUUUUCAAUUACAGCAUGAUUUUUUCAAUGUUGAAUUCUUAUUCAAAAAAUCACAAAAUAGAAUACUAACAUAUCCAUUUCCUCGUGCAAAUGCAGAAGGAAGAAAAUUAUAUAAUGACUUAAAGAAAGCUUUAAUGUAUAUUCCUUUUAAACCUGAGGAUCUUGAUAUUGAAACAGCUGCUAUUUUUCUUGGAAAUGAUUUAAAUUCAGUAAACGAUAUGAGAGAAAAAAUAAAAGACCAUGCAGAAGGUUUAAUUGAUUUUAUUAAAAUAUCUAAAAAAUGGGAAAAAAGUAUUUUAUUUAAGCAACUUAUUGAUAUAAGUAAAGGAAUUGAUAUUUGUCUUAAAGAAACGGAUUCUAUGUUUUUUAAAAAUGAAGAUUCUCAAAAACUUUAUGAGAAGAAAAACAAAAUAUACCAUAAUACAGAAUCAAUAAAAAAUAUACCUAACAAAAGAACUAUAUUAGACUUAAAUAACUCCUCAGCAGAAUUAAGCAUAAAUAAUAACGUAACUUAUAAAACAGAUUUGACAUCUAAAAAAGAAUUUCUAUAUAAAAUUACAGAUCAACUUAUUUCCGAACUUAUUGACUCACAGAAAUAUGCUAAAAAGUACAAUUUAAAAAUAUUUAUAGAUAAUAUAACAAAAAAUUUUAAAAUUUCAUAUAGAGCCACGCUAAAAUUUAUUCUUCAAAAUAUUGAAUAUUUUGCUAAUUUAGCUAUACAAAAACAUACUGAGAUUUAUAAGGAUUUAGAAAAUAUGUUAAUAUUUAAACUGAAUUUCUUAAAGAAUCCUAAAUUGAAAUUAUCUAUGAAUAAACAAUUAAAAACUUCAAAGUACAACAUAUUAAAAUCAAAUGCUUCAAAUUUUCUAGAAGAUUCAUGUUUUAAAAAUAAAAAAAAAUUAAACAAGAAAAAAUAUAUUGAAAAUGAAAUUCACAAAUCUAAAAAUUAUAAUACUCCUUCAGAUUUUGAAACAAUUAUAAAAGAUGAGAUCUUAGAUCCAUUAGAUAUAAUCUAUAAAUCGUCUGAUACUAAAUUAGAUUUACAAAAACUUAACAACAUAUCAACAAAUUUUAAAAAGAAUACUGAAUGUUUAAAAGAAACAAUUUCUCAUGAUUCUUAUAAAUCACCAUUUAAUAUAAAUACCACUUUCAAUAAUAAAAGAAACAAAUUAAAUUUAAAUUUAUUAAAAAAACAUGCAGAUUUUCCAAAAAAUGAAAAAGAAGCAUAUAAUAAUAAUCCUAAACAGAAUACAAUGAAUGAAUUUUUAUCUAAUACAAAUUUAAAACAUGAAUUAUUAUGUGAAGAUACUAUAAAUAAACCUAAUCAUAAAAUAAUAUCAGAAAAUUUAAGUGUGUUAAUUGACAAAUCUCCCGUUUCAGAAAAGAAAAAUAUAAUUACUUAUUCUGAUUUUAAUAAAAGUAAUCAAGAGAAAAAUUAUCUUAACACCGAAGUUGAAGCAGAUUUACAACCAUUUAAAUUUGAUAACUCUGCUACAUCAAAUGAUUCUUCAUUUAAUAAGUUUACAAAAAUAUUACUUGAAUCCAGUUUAAUUCGACCCGGGAGAGGCAAGCCAAUGCUACAAAUCAUACCACUUCCUCCAACCCAACCUUCUCAAAAUUCAAAAUUAUGGUUUUGUCCUGUUAAAGAUUGCAAUUAUUUUUCUGAAACAUUUAUUUCUAAUAGAAUUUUUAAAACAAUUAUUAAACAUUUAAAAUAUCAUAGAAGCAUUCUUUCUUCAAAAGAUAAAUAUGAAAAUUCAGAACAUCAACUAAAAAAUAAAUUAGUUCGUGACUUUGUUGACAAAAUUGAAACUAUUACUACAGUAUGGAAUUUGCAAUUAAAUGAAUCAUAA